CCCUGCGUGCGCGAGUAAUGGCUGAGCCGCGGCAGCGCCGAGCUGCUUUUUAUUCCUGGGACGCAGAGCAGGCGUAAAUCCUGGCUCCUCUGCUCGGAAAGGCUGCAUCAUAAUAGAGGCGUCACUGUCCUGCCUCUGGUCGAGCUAAAGUGCGCAGCUAAGCCACGGCAACAGCAACCCUCUCAGCACCAUGUCCGCGGACAACGUUGGGAUUUCUGUGACGUGCCCACGCGUGGACACGAACCUUACGUCAGAUCCACAGCAAAGACAACCUUAAUUUUUCAAGCGCUCUCUCUCUCGCUCUCUCUCUCUCUCACACACACAUACACACACACACACACAGUCUCACACACGCACGUUCAGAGAGGGACUUGAUCGCAUUGCGGGGCUGUUGUCGCAGCAGAGAGGACGCGAGGAUCUCGAAGGAAUGAUGGAAGAAACAGCUGCUACAGCCCUGGCCUCUGGCACCAGUGCUAUCCCAUCAACUCCAAGGCCUCCGCCUGGCUCUUUUACUCCUUCCCGCAGUCUCCUGGAGUGGAGAAGGAGGGUCAAGUCCGAGUACAUGCGCCUUCGCCAGCUAAAGCGGCUCAAAAAGGUAGACGAAGUCAAGAGCUUGUUCAUGUCCAACAGGCAAAAGAUUGAGCUGCAGACUGAUCUUCUGAAUGCGGAGUGGUCCAAGCUCAGGGUUCAGGCCAUACCUGUCUCAUCCAUCAGCGGAUCUCUGGCAAAUAAGAAGAUGUGUACGGUGGAGUUUGGCUUCCCGGGAUUUAAUUCUCAGGCCAUUGCCAUGAAACCGCUCUCUACAGUGGCAGGGAUCCCCUUCAUGUACUCAUGGUCACCAUUGCAGCACAACUUCAUGGUGGAAGAUGAGACAUUCCUGCAUAACAUUCCCUACAUGGGGGAUGAGGUGCUUGAGCAGGAUGAGGCCUUCUUGGAAGAGCUCAUUGACAACUAUGAUGGCGUACAUGGUGACAGAGAGGGAGGGUUCAUCAGUGAUGAGAUCUUUAAAGAGCUCGUGGAUGCCUUGAGCCAAUACUCUGACCACGACGAAGACGAGGAGGAGGAGGUGGGGGUGACGGCGGCAGAGGUUACGGGGAAGAAAGAGGAAGAGAGGAUGAUGAGGAGGAGCUCCGUGGAAGGCUCAGAGGAGGCUAAAGCUGGGACAUUAAUCAGGAGAAAAAGGAGAGGCACCACUGAGGUGAAGGAUGUGUCCAGCAGCAAGAGGGUUCCCAGCGAUAAGAUAUUCACAGCCAUCGCCUCGAUGUUUCCCUACAAGGGCACUACGGAGGAGCUGAAGGAAAAGUACAAGGAUCUACAGGAACCACCAGGCCCAGUAAAGCUUCCCCCUCUCUGCACCCCCAACUUAGAUGGCCCUUUUGCAAAGUCUGUACAGCGGGAGCAGUCUUUGCAUUCCUUCCACACGCUCUUCUGUAGGCGUUGCUUCAAAUACGACUGCUUCCUCCACCCUUUUCAUGCAACACCCAAUGUUUACAAGAGGAAGAGUAAGGAGAUCCGCAUGGAGACCGAACCGUGUGGGGAUGACUGCUUCCUGAAACAGAAAGGAGCUAAAGAGUUUGUGGAUCAGAAUAUGUUACAGCCGCAGAGAUCUCGGCGGCGACGGAGGCAGCAGCGGCCCACCAGUUCCAGUAGCUCUGGACCAGCUGGGUCCGCCGAGGACGGCAAGGAGGGUGACAGUGACCAUGAAACCACCUCUUCCUCGGAGGGGAAUUCACGCUCCCAGACUCCAACUAAGGAAGAUGAAGUGAAGCAGCAGGAGUGCUGUGUGGUCCAGUGGAGUGGGGCUGAGGAGUCGCUCUUCAGAGUGCUGCACGGCACAUAUUUUAACAACUUCUGCUCCAUUGCAAGUCUCAUUGGUACCAAGAACUGCAAACAGGUCUACGAGUUUGCGGCGAAAGAGGUCCUGAUCCACCGUGUCCCCGUGGUAGAUGGAGGCAUCUCGCCCCAGAAGAAGAAAAGGAAACACAGGUUAUGGGCAAAGAUUCAGCUGAAGAAAGAUAACUCCUCCAAUCAGGUGUACAACUAUCAGCCGUGUGACCAUCCUGACCACCCAUGUGACAGCUCCUGCCCCUGUGUGAUGACCCAGAAUUUCUGCGAGAAAUUCUGCCAAUGCGAGCACGAGUGCCAGAACCGGUUCCCAGGCUGCCGCUGUAAAACUCAGUGCAACACGAAACAGUGUCCGUGCUACCUCGCCGUGCGAGAGUGUGACCCAGAUCUCUGCAUGACCUGCGGAGCUGCGGACCACUGGGACAGCAAAGUGGUGUCCUGUAAGAACUGCAGCAUCCAAAGAGGCCUCAAAAAGCACCUGCUACUGGCGCCAUCAGACGUUGCUGGUUGGGGAACAUUUAUCAAAGAGCCUGUGCAGAAGAAUGAAUUUAUCUCCGAGUACUGUGGAGAGCUCAUCUCUCAAGAUGAGGCAGACCGACGAGGAAGGAUCUACGACAAAUACAUGUCAAGCUUCCUUUUCAAUUUGAACAACGAUUUCGUAGUGGAUGCAACGCGAAAGGGGAACAAAAUCCGAUUCGCUAAUCAUUCAGUUAAUCCUAACUGCUACGCUAAAGUCGUGAUGGUUAACGGAGACCACCGCAUCGGGAUCUUUGCCAAGCGAGCCAUCCAGCAGGGAGAGGAGCUCUUCUUUGAUUACAGAUACAGCCAAGCCGAUGCUCUGAAGUACGUGGGAAUAGAGAGGGAGGUGGACAUGACUUAGCUUUGCUACCGUAUCUAAAGACCGGUCGUCGUUCGACAUCUCUGUACAUUAUGCGAGCUUUUCCAGCAUACAUAAUGUAGAUCAGUGAAAUGCAUGUGCUGUCCUUUGACACAUCAUCAACUAAACAUGAUAGCCAAGUACUUUAGCUUCAGUCAGAUGCUUUUCCUGUUCAGUCACUAAGUAUUGUGGAUUAUAAUGUAUGUACCUUGACUGCUCCGCUGAAAAGCUAGCCUCAUUAACACAUUUCUGUCAUGAAAUAAGCUCAUUUAUAUCAAUGUUCGGCAAAAAUAGGCAACUAGAUGAGAAACCGACUGACUGAAUGUAACUUUGUAGAUGGCAAAAAAAAAAAAAAAAGAGGUCUUGCCUCGGCAAAAUUCCAGAAUUGGUACUCAGAUCAUUGUAUAUACAGCAAACGUAGAACAUCAUCAUAUCAUGUUAAUAAAAAAGUGAGAGUAAGUGUCUUCCUUUAACAUUUUAAAAAAAAAAGUGCCAAAAGAUUCCUCACCAAAAAAAAAAACUAAAACAAUUUGCAUGUGAAGUGUUGUAUAAUUAUCAGAGAAAGGUUGAGACAUAAGAAAAAAGGCAACAUUGCUUGUUUUGCUUUCUUUGAAGUCCACAUUAAUAUACAGGUCCUUGCAAAGGGCUUCCCCUCAGCUUCAGCUUAUUCAUAUUGCAGUAGGUCGUCAUAUUACAAACACAAACGUUUUAUAUGAUAGACCAAUACAAUGUAGAGUAUAAUUAAAUAGAAUUUUUGGGGGGGAGGGGAUAAAUAUGUACUGAAAAAGUGUGACAAGUACAUAUAUGCAGCCCCUUCUCUAGUAAUUGCAUGAAGUACCACUUUCUGCUGCAUUUAUACCUGUAAUGGUUUUGGGAGAUGUCUCAACCAGCUUUGCACAUUCAGAGACUGAUAUCUUUGUCAUCGGAAAAUAGCUCAAACUUAGGUUAUAUGGUGGGUUUUUGAAUAAAACUCUUUAAGAUUUAACUCUAGUUUGCAAUUGGCUUCUGGUCGGCUGGAAAGUGCGCUUCCACUUGUCUCAAGUCAACACUGUAGAUCUUCUCAUCUUACAAUCGCAAAGCAUCCUGAUGGCAUGAUGCUGCCACCACCAUGCUUUACAGUGUGGAUGGUAUGUUGAGGAAGAGGUAUUAUGUUAGUUAUCUCCACACAAAGCGCAUUGCAUUGGUUGUAAUGAAUUUUAUCUAGGGGUAUUGGAUCAGAACAACACAUUUAAUUUCUAAUAACCAUCUAUGUUGUUCCCUCCCUCUCUAACUUUUGUGUUGGUCUACCACAUAAAACAUAUUCUAGUUUCUGUAAAAAUGAUAAAAUCCUGAAACAAAACACAAGGAUCGGGAAUACCUUUGCAACGUACUGCAAACCUAUUUCUGAAAUGUUGAAAGCAUACUCGUAUGAAACUAGGUCUCCUCAAGUGGAGUCAAACAACACGGAGGUCAAGGCUGUGUACAGUGUAUGCCUAUAAAAAUAAAAGUUUAACUUUAUACUUUAUGAAUGUUGGCCGUAUCAUUGCGUCUUGUCUGUUUUCGCUUCAAUUAACACAACGCAAAUUUCAUUUUUAGACUUCUUUUUUUUAUUAUUGAGAUGACAGUUUGCCUUAAAUCACACAGUAAUGGUCAUUUACAGUGAGUUCAUUACAAAACAAAGCUGAGGAACAACAGAAAGAAUCCAGACUUUCAAUUCUUGUUUCAAAAAGCUUCUGUUGGGAGGUGCUGAUCCGGUAUUAUCAUGCCUUCUGCCUGCUUUGGUUUCUUUCUCAAACAAAUCAUGGCUGACAGGGUGUCUGAAAAUUUCCUUCUCCCUUUUGUGGGUUUUAAAAUCUAUCUAUGGGACCUCAAAUACACCCAAAUUCUGCCCUCUUCAUCUUAGACCUCUUCACGUUUUUUUUUUUUUUUUAUGUUAGUGUUUUAAAGUAUAACUCCAGGGUGCUUAGAUAGCGAUCAGUCAGCAUUAUGUGUCAAGAGUUGAGCAGAUACCCUGUCCGUCCUGCUGAAUAGCUCCAUCUACUGACCAUUUUACUGCAACCCUCCUGACCUCAUCCGUAAACCUAACCCUGCCAUGCCAGCUGCGGCGUCACAUUUAGUGGGUUGCCUCUUGGCGGCCAAACUGCAAAUACACAAAACAUCAAAAA